AUGUCACAGUCUUAUCCGGUGGCACAGGAUACCUGCACUACCAGUAAUAACAAUAGAACACCAAUACGCAUCGAGGAUAAUCAAGAAACAUGCUAUGAAACUCCCACAUGCAAGUUUGAUUAUUGUGUAAAGCGACAUGAUUAUUUGGCUAUGCAAGUAAAUUCUGAUAGCAAUGAUAACAAAGUGCAUGCUGGCGCUUUGGUGCGGCAAUUGAGCUUUCUUGAUCGUUUCCUUGUGCUCUGGAUCUUGAUUGCCAUGGUUGUGGGAGUUGUUAUUGGAUAUUAUGUACCCGGUGUACAAACGGCGUUUCAAACCGUACAAUUUCAUUCAGUAUCCGUGCCUAUCGCCGUUGGAUUGCUGGUGAUGAUGUAUCCGGUGUUGUGCAAAGUGCAAUAUGAACGAUUACCUUCGAUUUUGGUGACACGUCAAGUUUGGAUCCAGAUUGGCAUAUCCGUAUUCAUCAACUGGGUUAUUGGUCCCAUCAUCAUGACAGCUUUAGCAUGGGCAACAUUACCAGAUUUACCAGGUUUUCGAACGGGUGUCGUCAUGGUUGGCCUUGCACGAUGCAUUGCCAUGGUGCUGAUAUGGAAUCAUCUUGCUGAUGGUGAUGCCGAUUAUUGUGCCUUGCUAGUUGCCAUUAAUUCGAUCCUGCAGAUUGCAUUGUUUUCACCAUACUCGGUGUUAUUCAUCAAUAUUAUCCCUUCGUGGUUUGGUGCUACCGCUUCUUCAAGUAUCCACGUUGAUGUGGAACCAGUGGCAAUAUCAGUGUUGAUCUAUUUGGGCAUUCCCCUGGCAGCUGGUGCCAUAACACGCUUUGCACUGAUGGGUCUUUUCGGUCGAAAAUGGUACGAGAACAAGUCUCUACCAUGGGUUGGCCCUUGGGCAUUGAUUGGUUUACUCUACACUAUCAUCGUCAUGUUUGCCAACCAAGGUCACCAAAUCAUUGAGCACAUUGGAUCCGUGUUCCGCGUCGCUGUACCACUCUUUGUCUAUUUUGUUGUUAUGUUUUUUAUUCCGUUCUUUGUUCUGAAGCGUAUUGGCAUCCCUUAUGAGCUUGUAGUGACCCAGUCAUUUACUGCUGGCAGCAACAACUUUGAAUUGGCCAUUGCUGUUGCAGUUGGCACCUAUGGUAUUCAUUCUGAACAAGCUCUUGCCGCUACUAUUGGCCCAUUGAUUGAAGUGCCAGUAUUGCUAUGUUUGACCUAUGUGGCAUUAUUAUUCAGGAAAAAACUUAAAUGGCAUGUACGGCCGUUCUUUAUCAGCGAAAAGAAGAACGAAAACCAGUAA